CGACAGAUCACCCAAUUACAGUAUUUCAUAAAGCAUCUGAUUCUGUCAAAAUCCACUCCCCUCUUUCUUUAAAUGCAUCACCGCCCAGUGAAGCGUCUCCCUCCGACUUCGGGAUUGCUUCCUUCUUCUUCCUCUUUCCGCAUCUUCAACGUAAAAAUCAGUCAUGUCUUAUUACUCCGGUGACGAACCUCACUUCCUCGAGGCAUGUUUUCUUUGCCGGAAACCGCUCGGAUGUAACUCUGACAUCUUUAUGUACAGGGGGAAUACACCAUUCUGUAGCAAAGAGUGCAGACAAGAACAGAUAGAAAUGGACGAGUCUAGGAAGAAAAAGAAUUGGAAGCUGUCAUCUUCCUCUAGUAGAUCUCUGAGAAAAUCGGAGGGCGAGGAGACGUCCUCCAAUAAAGCUGUACGGACGGGUACAGUUGCUGUUGCCUAAUCAAUGAAGUCAAUUUUGAAGUUCGGUAAUACCCAUUUACGUAAACAUGAAGAAGAAAAUGGUGAGAGGUCCAGACUUAAUCUGUAAAGAAAUGAUUCUGUGUGGAGCUAUGAGAAAGAAGAUUGCAAGGCCAAUCACAGACUUCAAUCUUUUUGUUUUAUUUUGAUUUUGAUUUUCUGGAUUGGUGGUUGAAUGUUUAUAACGAUUUGAAGAGGAUUUUGUAAUUCUUGUAGUGAUAAUAUCUCUGUCUAAAUAUUGUCCAAAAAAAAAAAAAAAAGUUUUUGAGGCAAUGAAUUGAAGAGCAUCAAUACAAUUUUAUAAUUGGUGAGAA